CUCCCUGCUCCCCAGAGCCCUCUGGCUGGCGUUUCCUGCCUUUAGCUCUCUACUGCACUCUAUUUAAGGCGUCCUAUGGGAGGCACGGUCCUGCAGGAUUCCCGCAGGCACAGCUUUGGCCACGGUCGUCCCCUCUACCUGGGCCAGCCCGGCAAGCAGGCGAGAGAGGCCCCGGAAACAUGGGUGACUGGGGCUUCUUGGAGAAACUGCUAGACCAGGUCCAGGAGCACUCGACCGUGGUGGGCAAGAUCUGGCUGACUGUGCUCUUCAUCUUCCGCAUCCUCAUCCUGGGCCUCGCUGGUGAGUCGGUGUGGGGUGAUGAGCAGUCGGAUUUUGAGUGUAACACAGCCCAGCCAGGCUGCACCAACGUCUGCUACGACCAGGCUUUCCCCAUCUCCCACAUCCGAUACUGGGUGCUACAGUUCCUCUUCGUCAGCACACCCACCCUGAUCUACCUGGGCCACGUCAUUUACCUGUCUCGGCGCGAAGAGCGAUUGCGGCAGAAAGAGGGAGAGCUUCGGGCACUGCCGUCCAAGGACCUACACGUAGAGCGAGCACUGGCUGCCAUAGAACAUCAGAUGGCCAAGAUCUCGGUGGCAGAGGACGGGCGUCUUCGGAUUCGUGGGGCACUCAUGGGUACCUAUGUGGUCAGUGUACUGUGCAAGAGCUUGCUGGAGGCAGGCUUCCUCUAUGGCCAGUGGCGCCUCUACGGCUGGACUAUGGAGCCCGUGUUUGUGUGCCAGCGUGACCCCUGCCCCCACCUCGUGAACUGCUACGUCUCUCGACCCACGGAAAAGACUAUCUUCAUCGUCUUCAUGCUGGUAGUCGGAGUCAUUUCCUUGGUGCUCAACCUGCUAGAGCUGGUGCACCUGCUGUGCCGAUGCGCCAGCCGGGAGAUAAAGGCACGCAAGGACCGCGCCUCCCCCCCAGCCCAGGGCAGUGCCUCAGACCCUUACCCUGAACAGGUUUUCUUCUACCUCCCCAUGGGCGAGGGACCCUCAUCCCCACCAUGUCCCACCUACAACGGGCUCUCGUCCACUGAGCAAAACUGGGCCAACUUGACCACAGAGGAGAGACUGGCCUCUUCCAGACCUCCCCCCUUCGUAAAUCCAGCCCCUGAGGGUGGCCGAAAACCCCCUAGCCGCCCCAACAGCUCUGCAUCCAAGAAGCAAUAUGUAUAGGGAUCUGGGGGCUUAUGUCAUUCAACAGAGCAGCCCUGAGGAUGCCUCCCAGGGGGCCCUCUCCUCAAAAGCACUUUGGAGAUGGCUGGGGCAGGAGGUAAGCACUCGCGGGAACUGAUUUCAGGUGGUUCUGGGAUAGCUGGAGCCUUUAUGAUGACCAAAAGACACUGUGGCGGCUUUGCAAAAUAUGAUUCGAACCGGACUCGGUCACAGCAGGUGGGGGUGCUGUGGGGCCUCUGAUCCUUUUCACCUGAUCCAGAGGGACCCAGAGCCAACUUGCCUCUUAGGCCUCCCCUAUCAGAGGAAUCACGGAACCUUGGGUUUUCAUCACACCCUCUCCUCCUGGGAAAACGCGGAUGCAGGCUGCUGGCUCAGCUUCAUCAACUGGACAGACACAGCCUGCGCUGGAACUAGCUCUUUCCAGGGGAACUGGUUGGUGUCUUGUUUCUGUCGCUUCUAGUUCCACUGUUUAUGCUUCUAAAAUAAACAGGACUCCAUCAUAAGUUAGGUGUGCACUGAUGUUG